AUGAUUAUCAAAAUUAGGUAUAAGCGUGAUGGUAAACAGAUUGCUCGUAAAAUCGAUAUCAGAAAGAAUAUUAGUUUAGAAGAACUUGAACAAAAGUUACGCGGGCGCUUCGACAUAAGUUAUGACAAACGUGUAGAGCUUCACUUUCUGGACGAAGAAAAUGAUCGUAUUGUAAUAUCUUUCGAAGAUGAGUUGGCUUUAAUCCUUGCAUCUCAGAAAGCCCCAAUAUUUGAGUUAAUCGUGGUAGACAACUACUAUACUUAUCCGAAGGUCGCAAAAUCAAAGCCUGGUGAAAUAGCAGAAGUAUUAAUUCAAUCAAAAUGGCUCACCACUGCCAGUAUUAUUCGACGAGACACUAAAGUUUGGGGGACUUGGAUUUUUACUGAUGAUUCCGACAUUGUCAAAGCAUUAGUUCAUAUGGGAAAAAUCGAAUUAACUGAGCAACCACCACAAUACAACUUGAUUGUCUCACUUCGAUAUUUACCUGGAUGUUUGAAAUAUCUUGGGUCGACAAAUGAGGGCGUUUCCUCCGAAGAUUUUGGACCUCAUGAUGCCAGCUAUAUUAUUGAAUCAUUUAGAACUGUAGCAUUGACUUGA